UUACUAGAAAGUGGCGGUUAACUUGAGAUGGUUUCCUUAGUACCCUACGUAGUUUGAGUCUGUCGGGAAUUCUCUCUGUACCUAGCCAAUACGGUCUCAGCAGGACUACCCUCCUGGGGCCUCAGAAAUAGGCUUUUAUCUGGUCCGGAACUCCCAGUGGUUCAGCGCUUCUCUUACUGCAUAACAAUAACUACGUAUUUGAAUUUUGUCUCAGACCCAGGAGUCACAGAUGCCAGGACGUAUGACCCCCUUCAAGAAGCAUCGCAACACUAUAAAUUUGCCCAUGGCUUUAAACCCUAUGAAGAGCAAGGACGUGUUGGCAGUGCUGGCUGAGAGGAAUCAGGCUGUUGUACCAGUUGGGGCAUGGGUGGAACCUGCUUCACCAAAUAGCUCGGAAAUCCCGGCAUAUACUUCAGCAUAUAUAAUUGAAGAAGAACUAAAGGAACAAUCAAGAAGAAAAGAAGAAGCUUUGAAACAUUUUCAGAGACAAGUCAAACACCGAGUCAAUCAACAAAUUAGGCUGAGAAAAAAGCAACAGCUUCAGAAGUCUUAUGAAGCAGCAGAAAAAGAAGGUUCUAUAGCUAUGCAAUCUUUUGCUCCAGCACACUUAACUCCUAAAAGUACAAGUGUUUUUCCAAGCAAUUUGAAUGCUGCUUUUGGAAGUUCUAGGUUGCCUCCUUCCCAGGUACUUAGGGAUGCAAUAGAAGAUGGAGAAACUCAGAAUGAAUUGUUCCAACAACAAGCCCAAGCUCUUAGUCAGACCAUGAAACUGGCACGUCAUCGAUUGGCAUCCUUUAAAACUGUGAGUGAAAAAAUGGCAUCAGUGUUUCCAAAUGGUAAAAGGAAAACCUCUCUCACCCAAGAGAAAGUAAAAUUCAAAAACCCAUUAUUUGUUGUGAUGGAAGAGAAAGAACAAAAUCAGUGGCAUUAUCAGGAUCUUCAGAAUAUUCUGCCAGAAGCGCAGGGUGAUUUGAUAGAAGUCCAGAAUGUUGAGUCUGAAGCUCAGAGUGUUGAGCCAGAUACCCAGGCUAUUAAGCUGGCAGUUCAGUCUGCUGAGCCAGAAAGCCAGGCCGCUGAACCAGAAGGCCAGGUCAUUAAGACAAAAACUCAGAGCAUUAUGUUAAAAACCUAUAGUUUCAAGCUAGAAGAUGGAAAUACUGAGUUGGACGUUCAGAAUUUUCUACCCCCAAGUCAGGUCUUUCUACCAAAAGACCAGAGUAUUCUACCCAAAGACAACUGUGUUUUCCCCAAAAGCCAGAAUACUCUACACAACUGUCAGGACCAGGAGUUUCUACUUAGAAACCAGGAUGUUUACCCCCCAAAACAGGAUAUUCUACUCAAAUGUCAAGAUGAGGAUUUUCUACCUGAAGACUGGGAUUUUCUUCAUAGAGACCAGUGUGUCCUUCCCAGAGACCAAAAUAUUCUACCCAAAUGCCAAGAUCAAGACUUUCUACCUGCACACCAGGGUUUUGUACCCAGAGACCAGUAUGUUCUUCCCCAAAACCGGAAUGUUCUACCCAAAUGUCAGGACCAAGACUUUCUACCUGAAGACCAGGAUUUUCUACCCAGAGACCAAUGUGUUCUUCCCCAAAAUGAGGAUAUUCUACCUAAAUGUCAGGACCAAGAUUUUCUACCAAAAGGUCAAGAAUUUAUCUCCAAAGAUCACUGUAUAAUACCCAACUGUCAAGACCAGAAUUUUCUUCCCAAAGACCAGAGUGUUCUUCCUAAAGACCAGAAUAUUCUAUACAAAUGCCAGAAGCAGAAUUUCCCACCUAUAGAUCAGGAAGCAACUUUGAAGCCACCAGCACCAAUUAUGAGAAUCAGACAAGGGAAAGAGGAGCUUCCUCUGAAUGUCCAUCAGGAUCUAUGUAGGCAUGAUCAGGCCUCCACCAGGGACAAGGUUUAUAAGUAUCAGUCAGGACUGAGUGCUGAAUUCCAAGCUUCUCUGGCCAUUCAUUCUGGAAUAGAGCAAGAAGAGGAAAAGAAAGAGCGUCAAAAGCAAUACCUGAGACAUAGAAGACUUUUUAUGGACAUUGAAAGAGAACAAAUAAAAGAACAAAAACGGCAAAAGGAACAAAAGAAGAAAACUGAAAAAAUUAAGAAAAAGAAAGAACAACAACGUUAUGUUGAAGAGCAGAGGGUCAUAAGAAUGAGCUCUCAUGGAGCACCAUAUUCAGAGGAGAAGACGAGUGACAAUUUAGGCCAGUUACAACUUGAAGAAAUAAAAAGUGCCAGAGAAAAGCACCAACAGAGAGAAAAAGAACAUGUAAGAUAUGUAGAAGCUUUACGUGCCCAGGUCCAGGAGAAAAUGAAGCUAUAUAAUAUUACUUUACCACCACUGUGCUUUUGUGGUCCUGAUUUUUGGGAUGCUCAUCCUGAUACCUGUGCCAACAAUUGUAUUUUCUAUAAAAACCAUAGAGCAUAUAAUCGAGCACUGUACUCAGUCAUCAGUUCCUCAGAUGUCUCUGAGGGAAAUUCAGCUCUUCGAAGCGCCAUUCAUAAUUUUGCUUCUGCACACAAACGGAUUUUGAAGAAACUGUAAUAAGAACUGAAAUCAAGUGAAUCAACUGGUAGUAUUUCAGUGUUCAUUUUAAAUCAACCCUGAGAAAUUAUUUAGGAAAAGCUGUUAAAGUAUAUAAGAUGUCUUAGCUGGAAAGAAAUACUAUUCAACAUAAUUAUCUCUGUAAUUAGAAUUCUGCCUUGGGACCAAGACUGAAAGCUUACUUCCAAAACGUGUUUCUUCUUUAUUAUGGAUCAUAGAGAGCCUGUUAUUUUAAAAACUGAUUGGACAGAUAAGGUUUCUUGUAGUCCUGCUCUGCUCGGAUCUCAGAAGGUCAUGAGAAACCUUUGAGAUGACCUCAUUAUUAUCUUUCUAAAGUGGUGUCUUUGAAUCUUGACCCUCUUUGAAAAUAUUUAGAUAAAGCAGAAAGGAAAAUGAUAACACAGGUUUCUGAGCACCAAUAGCCAUCUAUAUUGCCAUUAGCUUUUCUAGUUGUGUAUAACAAAGAUGAGAAGAAUCUGAAUUUGAUACAUGUUUUCCUCUCAAAAUUUUGACUCUCCUAGUUUUGUUUUGUUUUUUAAUUUAUUGACUCUUUUCCCAUUCAGUGACAUUGAACAUAAGGGUUUUCUUUUUCAAUUGUAUAGUUUUUUUUACUGCAAAAAGUCAAACCCUGUGUCAUUUGAAUAUCUUCUGUAUAAAAUAAUUGUGAGGAGCCUUUCAGAAAAUGAACCUGUAGUCAAAGUGAAUUAAGUCCUAUCUUAUUUCCCUAUCUU